AUGGCACCACACACCUCAUUGUCAGAUGGCGUCGGACACGCUGUCAUCCUAGUCCGUUGCGGUCCGAGCUGCUUAACAUUUCUAAAUUCUUGGGGCUCUGAGUGGGGCAAAAACAGUACCUUGAGUGUUGAGAAUCCUGCAGUGCUUCAGUUUGAAGGUGCAUCGAAGUGGUAUCGGAUGUGUUUCUACGAUAUUUUCUAG